AUGUCGUCAACAGAGCCUGAGUCACGACGACCCGAUUCACCAGGGAGUAAUGAGCCCAGCAGUAAACGAGCCAAGGUUGCUACACCUUUCGACGAUCUCAAGAUCAACGACGACAGCAUUCUUGAUACUGUGACCGAUCGUUCAGAGUGCCCACGCUGCAAAAAGUCUGUCAAGUACUUUUGUUAUCGAUGUUUUGAUGUGGUUGGCAUGGAAAGAUCUGAAAUACCCACCGUCGACCUUCCUGUACGACUCAAUGUCAUCAAGCAUGAACGAGAACUCGAUGGUAAAUCCACAGCUGUACAUGCCAAGGUGAUUGCCGAGGAUGAUGUCGACUUUUAUACUUGGGGCGAGAUUCCUGAUUUUGAACAACCAGAAAGAUCGUUGCUGCUUUUCCCUGGUCCUGAUGCCAAGCAGCUUAAAGAUAUACCACGCGAUUCAUAUGAUCGGAUCACUGUCAUUGAUGGCACUUGGCGUCAAGCGAGUCGUAUUGUGCGGGAGACACCGGUUCUUCACAAGAUGCAAAAGGUCACCAUUGCUCCACGCAAAACACACUUUUGGCGGUUUCAGCAAUUGAGCGAGAAUCAUUUGGCAACCAUUGAAGCUAUUUAUUACGUCUAUCGCGAGUUUGGUGAAAUGGUGGAAGGCAACUAUGACGACGGCCGUUACGACAACUUGCUCUUUUAUUACCGAUACUUUUACAAGAUGAUUCAAAACGUCUACAGAAACAAUGACAAAUCGUUCACACAUCGACAUCGCAAAAACUAUAUCCAGUACGAUGGUGAUCGGUCACAGCAGCAAAACAAGGAUGAAGAAGUAUCUAAGGAACCAAAGAAGGAGGAGGAUAAGGAUAGUCAGCAAGCAAAAGCUAGCGAGUAA